AUGAAUGUUUUAAUCUUUGUAGGCUUUCAUCUUGCUGAGGUCUGCUAUCAAAAGUACCCUAAGAUACCACGCAUCAUUCUCUGGAUCAUGGUUGAGAUUGCAAUUAUCGGCAGUGACAUGCAGGUAUCUUUCUAAAAUUUUUUGUUAAUAGCACAAAAUUAAUUAAAUAAUAAAAUUAUUGUUGUUUUCAAAUAGACCAUUCAAGUGUUUUUCAUUUUUUUAAGUUGUUGUAUGGACCAGUCAAUGAGUGCCCGUUGACAUGGCUGGAAAGAGCAGUUAACUUCCCUCGUUUGGUAGAGAUAGGUCUGAAGCAAGCAAAAACUUCACUUCACUUCAGUUAACCUAACCUGGGCAAAAUUUUCCAGACUUAUGUGUGCCCUCAAUUUAUCUUAAAGGCCGCAACUUAUUUGUAGGGGUGUAUCUGUGGUAUAUCCAACCAGAAGUGAGGCCUUGGUUCUUUUUAUGUGCCUUGACGCUAAGAAAUUUGUUUCUAAGUUUCACUUCUCUUAUAAAGACAGUUAAAUGUGAGAGUUUCAACCAAACCACUGCCUAAGGAUGCAAAAAGUUCUCUUCUCGUUGACAUCAGUCACUCAAAAAUGUUGUUGAAAUAAGCUGGCUAUUAUAUCACUUCCACACUAAGCAACAUUACUGAGCUUGUCCAUGUCAAAAUGUAAAAAAAAAAUUGAGAGGGUCAAUUACAUUUAAGAAUGUAUGCUGUUAGUGAACAAGGUGUACAUUUUUGCUUGCGAAAUAUUAUAGUUAAAACAAAAAUAUUCUUUUGUGUCUGUAGGAAGUAAUUGGUACGGCAAUAGCCUUUAACCUCUUAUCAAAUGGAAAGUAAGUAGUAUACUGUUGAUAUGUUAAUUAAAUUUGUAUUACUUUGCUUGUUAAACAGGAAUGAAUUAUUAACCAACUACCUUGCUUAAGUGGAAGGUGGGCGCCUUGGAUACCCAGGGGCUUCCACUGCGGCCAGCCAGCCCCUAGAUAGAAUACAGCCCCCAUUGCUGGCAAAUCCCCGCAACCCAGCCGUGAGCCCCUAUUCCAGGCACCCGUCACACUGAUGAAACAGUGGAAGGAAGAAAAAUAAGGGAUGGGAGGAUGGGAGGGGGGGAGAUGCUAAAUGAACCACUCCACAGACCACUGCACAAACGCUCAAUGAAGAACUCGUAGAACCUAGCAGUGUACAAAGCUACCACAUACCAUGUGAGCCUGCACUUAUGGGAUUGACCGCUGGAUGCCCGCUAAGCUUGUGGGCCACUCGACCACUAAGCUUGUGGACCGCUUUUAAAACUUGUGGACCAAUAAACUUGUGGACCGCUUAACUGCUAAGCUUGUGAACUGUUGACUGCUAAGCUUGUGAACUGCUUGACCGCUAAGCUCGUGGAUGGCUUGACCGCUAAGCUCAUGGUGGUUAACUUAGUUAAAUUACAUUUAACCAAAUUUAAUAUUCUUAUUAAAAUAUUAAUAAUUAUUUUUCAUAAUUUCCUGAUAUAUUCACACCUUAGCAGGGGAAAAGUACAUACUCAUGUUAUCAGGUCAAGGUCUCCUGCAAAACAAACAUUAUUCUAAUGGAUAUUAUGUAUUAAAAUGUUUUUUGUUAUUUUUCUUGAAAUUGCAUGUACACAAGUUAAUCCUCACUAUUGUUUCAUCACUAGAAUCCCUUUGUACGGUGGAGUGCUUAUAACCAUCACCGACACUUUCAUCUUCUUAUUUCUUGAUAAAUAUGGUAUGUUGUAUGUCAUUAUUAUGAAAAUUUUAGUGUGCUACAAUACUUAGAGUGUAGGUGACUGGUAUUGUGUAUGGUAUUGUAUAUGGAAUUUGUAUGUGUAAUGUGUACAUGGAUAGUGGUUCUGAUUGGACAAAGCAAAUUUUCUCCUCUAAAUAGUGUCUGCCCCUUGCCCUUCCUUUCUGAUUUUGACACUCUCGGGAUAUUAUUUAACACAACUUUUGCCCCCAACAGUCCUUAGUAAUCUCAAGAGUAAUGCUGUUCUAGUCAAGACUGGUUCUGGCCGUUUUAAUAUCAUAAAUGAUUGUAGAGGCUAUGUAUGUCUUAUACUGUAGUUUCAAAUUUUCUUUUUUUUUCUUUUUCAGGUCUUAGAAAGCUAGAGGCCUUUUUUGGGUUUUUAAUAUCAGUAAUGGCCAUAGCAUUUGGAUAUGAGGUUUGCUGUGUGGUUUCACUUAACAGGGUGUUACAUUGUGCAAUGUUAUGUUGUGUUAUGUUAGUUAGUUGCAUGACUACUGUUAAUUGAGUAAGCACAGGAACAAUGAACUAUAGCUCACUGUCAGGUGAUUUAGUCUCUUCUUUGUAAUCGAAAACCCUUAACCCUUUAAGUCCCAAUAGUGAUCAACAUCAACUUUCUCCUCAGGAUAUCCAUAGAUGGUCAUGAGAAAUGGUUAUGAGAAUUAAUAAAUAAUCAGCAAAGAGAAAAUGUCUUGUUCUUGUAUCAAAUUCUCUUUACUUAGUCUUUAUGGAAAUGUAUGGAGACCAGUUUGGAGAAUUUGUAUGUGGAUAUUGGGACUUAAAGGGUUAAUAGAAGUAGAAUAAAGCCUUUAGAAUCUCCAUAUUGGACUCCCGAGAGCACUCAGUGGGGAUAUUUAACACGGUGUACUGUAUAUCUAUAAAUUUUAUAUACUGGGCAUCGUAAAAUCUUGGUGAAAAGUAGUCUGUUAAUAAAUUAGUAAUAAAAUUAUUUUAAUUGCUCAGCCUCAACAAUAAUAAUAUUUAUGUCAAGCAUAAAAUACAAUCUGCAACUUUGUUUAAAAUUGUAUUUUGUGUUUCUUCUUUUUUAUUUCAGUAUGUCACAGUUGCCGCAAAUCAGGGUGAGGUUGUUAAAGGCCUUUUUAUACCUUGGUGUGAAAAUUGUGAUAAGGAUAGUAUUAUGCAGGUAAAGUACAUUUAAAAUUAAGAUUAGAACCGAACGAUAAUUAUUUUGAUCUCUUGUUUAAGCACUAAACAUAAACUUGAGAAGCAUUGUGGUACUGCUAAUUGACAGUUUACUGUAUCUGCCGGUGUAAUAAAAUUGUCAAGAUGAUUAUUUUCACAGUGUUAGAGUUAGCCUGUGAGCAAGCUCUUGUGGGUUAAGGUGGGGCCUGGGCUUGCUGGCAGUUAUAUUAUGUUAGAAUUUUAUGUUGAUUUUUAAUCAUAUGAUUGUUUUCUGAUUCAAACAAGGAUUUGUUAUUGGCUCUCUCAUUAUCAGUAAGCAGAAUUAGGGGCAACAAAAAUACAAAAAUUAAAUUUACUAUUUUUCUUUUUGUUUCUUUUGUGGUAGGCUGUGGGAAUUGUUGGAGCCGUGAUCAUGCCUCAUAACAUGUAUCUACACUCAGCUUUAGUAAAGGUAGUGAAUUAGCCCAGACAAAAGUUAGCAUAGAAAUUCCAUCGUGAUGAUGCAUCAUUACCCACAUCUGGGAGGUGCUUCUGAUUUGUUAAAAUAUUUGCUUUGUCCAAUCUGAAGCACUAUCGAGAUCUGGGUAGUGAUGCAUCAUCAGUAUGGUAUUUCCUUGCUUAUUCCUCAGAUACCACUUUGUACACAUGAACAAACCAAGACUGUUAAAAGUUACUUGAGUCUGUUUUGUGUCGCAAUUCGAUAAAGUUACUACAGCUCACCCAGGGUACCAGAAAUUUUUUCUCCUUGGCCAAAGGGUCCUUCAGGGUCAGCUGCUUGAAUUGGUGGGAGUGAAAAAGCAGUUCACUAUGAAGAUUUGACCGAAACCAGAAACUGCACUUAAAUUGUGCCUGGUAACCAGGGUACUCCAUGCACAAUUUCUCCGAUAAUGAGGUUUUAGAAUCUAGAAUUGGUUAUUGAGAAUCCAGCCAAUCUUUUCUAAGUCUCCUUGACCUGUGGCCAAUGGCUAAUCCUGAAACAUCUAGGCAUGCAGGAGAAAAAACCAAGAUGGCUAAGUUCCGGGUUGCACUGAACCUUGAUGAAAGGUUUCUGGAAGAUAGGGUAAUUAUUAACAAACAUGGCAGUCUAUUUUGUCUUACAAUGCAUCAAAGAUAACAGGCUUCUUUUGCUUUGUGUUUUUAUGACUACCACAGUCAAGAGAGGUUGAUAGAAACAACCAGAAAGCAGUAAAAGAAGCAAAUAUGUAUUAUUUUAUUGAAUCAGGUGAGGAUUCUUAGAUACAUUAAGUUGAAGUGUGAUGCGACUGUAUAAUAACAUAAUUAAAAACAAAAUAAUUAACUAAAUAUAACUAAAUAGAUAAAUAAACAAAAGUACACUAGGUAAACAAAAGCAAAAGCAGGUAACGGAAUUUCGCUAUAGAUUAAAGUUUUGCUCCCAAUGAAAACGUUAGAUACAAAUGAAUGCUCUCAAGCGACCCAUCUCUAAAAAAACAGCAAAGUGUAAUAGUUUCUAUACUUGUAUAAAAUCAGAACAUAUUCCAUAAAUUGAUUAAAUUUAUACAUGAAACAACAAUAAUGUCUUGUAACAGUUUACCAGGGGUGGAUCUAGGGGGAGGGUGCAGGGGGUGCGCACCCCCCCACCCCAGUAUUCUGCAAAAAAAAAACUAUGUGGUUUAUUGGUGUUGAAGUAGAGCAAGAGACGAGUGCACCCCCUCCUAAAAAAAAUCCUGGAUCUGCCCCUGUCUACUGAAUAGUUGGUUUCUUGACUGGUCAUUUCAAAUUCAAAGUUAUUGGAGGUCAUUUGUUAGUUAAGCAAUGAUGCUAUUGGCCAUAAAAACUCUAAACACCAACAUCAGGACUCAAUUGACCAAUCAGGUUACUUAACAGGCCCACUGAUGCUACUCGACUCACUUUGACUGUAGUAAGGACUUCUGAGCUGUGGGUUGCUGAUUGUUAUUCACCAACAGUAAUUUCCCUAACUGGGGACUAAAAAUGACUACUUCCCUUGAUGAUUGUUAGCCUAUGUAGUUGGCAGGAUUAGACUGAGGAGUACCUUUGGCAGAGGAUUGAGUGAUCACAUGACGCUCAAUUUGACUCUUCGCCCAUUCAUUACUACCCUCUGCAUACACUCAGUCAUGGUAGGUUGCUGUUUACUGAUGGAUACUGAUGUAAUAUUUUUGUAUCACUGUUCCUGCAGCCAUUGCCCUGUUUGUUUCAUUGAUCAUCAACAUAUUUGUAGUUGCAGUAUUUGCGGAGGUUAGUAGGCAACAAACCUUAAAUGACCAAUAAAUGUCCAGGGCAUCUAUUUAAUUUUAGGGGUCCAAGCAGCAGCAUUUAAGGUGAUUCCUUAGUAAAAGAACCUAACAUAGACUGUAGAUGAAACUUGGUACACUGAUGUAACAAGUCAAGAAGAUGAUAAAAAAUUAAUAAAAAGUGGGGGUCACCGUGCUCGUUUUGACGUCACAAUGCUGACAAAUACGGCUAUUUAGGACCCUUUUACAAAAACCGCGGGCAUCCCAAAACUAGACAAAAAGGAGAGAUUUUUUCGAUGAUGCAUGUGGUAUUGCGUAAAAUUUGACUUUAAUGUAUUGUUUAUCCACUUAUGUACCAGAAAAAUGCCUUUUAAUGCCCUUGUUUUUGCUUUACGCUCCAAAGUAGAAUUAAAUUGGACACACACUAUUCAACCCGUGAUAGCUCAAUCCGUAAAAUUUAGUAAAACUGCCAAAAAACUGAACGUAGAUUUGUGCCAAUUUUUUUCUCAUCGAAAGAAAGCACUGUUCUUAUAAAAAGUGGGGGUCACCGUACUCGUUUUUGCGGUAGAGCUGCAGAAAGUGCACACCAAAUGCAUUUUCUCUGAUUCUUGAGAGAGGACUGGGGCGAGUUUCAAAAUAGAAUGUAUGUGAAAGAGGGAAGAAAGUAUUAAAAAAUCAGUUUUUACAGAAUUUACAUCGAGAUAUCACAUUUAGGACACAAUGUGAUAAAGAAAGCGUUUAAAUGAAAAUCAAAAGUGAGUAAGCACAAGUUAAACACCCACUAUCAAGGUUCCCUGAGAUGAAGUCGAACUCAGCAACACGUGUACUGCUUACGUUAUACACAUCCCCAACACGUUGAGUCUCACCUCGGCAAGAAAUAACAGCAAGCAAAAAUUCCAAUAGCGUUUCUCUUCAGUCAACUUCAUUUUUAAUAAUGUUACUUCACAUACUCUUUUUUACGGCGGCCAUCUUGUUAUGCGCAGUAAGAGAUGCGCAGUGCAAAACCAGGGAAUCACCUUAAUAGAUAGGAGCUGUUAAAAAGAGAAAGGUGUUUAUUCUCAUAACUGUAACAAGCUCAACAAAACUAAUCUGCUUUCAGCAAAAAAUAUCAAGAGAGUUUAAAAGUAGCGGAAUAUCCACUCCAUCAAGACAGUAAUAGUUGAACUUCAUCUAGAGAUCCAUAUCAUGCUUUCAAAUCCCAACAUCAAAGUCAGAAUCCUCGCUGAGGGUUAUUGUGUUGCCAUCAUUAGUCUAUCAUUACUUUGAACUUGACCUUCACAAAAUGAAAUGUGCAAAGUCUUGUUAAUCAAGCAAGAAACUGAAAGAAUUGACUGAUUUUGCUCCUAUUUGCUAAUUCCUCAUAUUUUGAAGCAAUUCCCAGAGGGGGGGCGUUUAUUAGAGAGGGGCAUCUGAUACAAUUUAAACAACAUAGAGGGGGCGUUUAUUAGAUAAGAGGACUUUAUUUGGACGUGGGCGUUUAUUAGGUCAAUUACGGUACUUGUAUGCACCAUGCAGUCAAAUCUGUAUUAAAGAAUUGAGCUUUGUCACGAAAUUUAUCAAAAUUCAAACAGUGGGAACUGGGGAGGUACUUUAGGAAUUUUUGGGUGGUUGUGUGUGCUGAGACCCUGGAACCUAAGAACCCUUAGCCUACACCAGAGCUAGUUCAGCUGAAUUUUGUGACCCUAUACUAGACUAAACUGCCCAAAUCCCUCCCUAUCCUGGAGUAGCUUUUAGGCUGAGUUAUGUAAAUUGAAAGUUGCAGAUUUUAUGUUUUUGAGUGGCAAUUCCCGGUUUCCCAAGUCUAGACUAUAAUCUUCAACCAACUUCAAGUCUCUGAUUUAUAUACCCUGUCCCAGAGUAAACUGCUCGAAAACCAUACCCUUCACAGCGGCGUAUAGCUAUAUAGCCCAUAUAUGGCAGUACCCCUCCCCUCCGGGAGUGGGAACCUCCACCCAACUGAGUAAAACAGAGAAAUAACUGCUCUAAACAUGAAAAGAAGGUUAAUAAGUUAUAUCACUGCAAAUACAAAGGGAGGAACAUAUGGAAAGACUUGAAAAAGACUGAAACAGACUGCAUUGAUAUUGUGGAUUUUGCAAAAAUUGUUAUCCUAACAGGUUUUCAAAGUUCAUUUUUCACACACAACUGGGAACCAUGCCAAGCCUACCAUGCAACAGUCAGUGGGGGGAAGGCAACUCUGAAAUGCCAUGUGACCUGAAGACCCCAUGCAGACUCGAACCCAAACUCCCAGCCGCGUGUGAGAAAAACUUUUUCCGCUUCUUUUCUUCCUUGGCCAGCGGAAAACCACACUUUUGUUGUUUGUAAAGUUUGAUAUAAUGCCUGGCAGACAGAAAUACAUGGGAUCUAUUUUGCUUUAUGGGAAACUGCCCACCUACCCCUCCCCUAAGCAAUCAUUUUGCCCUAAGCGAGAAGUAAGUGUUAAUGUUAGUGUAGGGGAGGGGUAGGUGGGUAGUUUCCCAGAAAUCUAAAUUGAUCUCAUACAUGUACCUUGAACUUUCUCUUAUAAGCCCAUCUACCUGUUAGUCAGCUUUAAGCAAGUUUUGUUUUCUCCUACUUAAAAUGCUGAACGUUUUUGUAUCAACGAUGUCCUCUAUGCUCGGUAACAUUUUUUUUCUGCUCCUUUAGGCUUUUUAUGGGAAAACUUAUCGUCAGGUGGUAAGUUUUAAAACACUGUAGGUAUAAUUGUUUUGUUUUGUGUGCAUGUUUAGAAACACAAGGGAUUUCAGCUAGCAGGCAUAUGUUUUGUUUAUGUAUCAGAAAAUUUAGAAGAAACAGAAGAUUUAGACUGAUCCGUGAAACUUGCUUGAAAUUAACCUACAUUCACAUUAACUUUGUGAUGGUGUGGUAGCAGAUUUUGGUAAAUGUGCUUAAGUCUGUCUUAAACAAGGAAGUCAAAACAAAAAACAAACAAUACACGUUGUAACAAACAUCUGCAGCAAAGGAAAACUGUAUGGAAUAAGUAACUGCAUAGGAUGUGGAAUUUUACCGAAUUCCAACAAUGUAUUGGCUUUUUGGGGAUCUUGUGCAGUCACUUUUUGUUUAAAGCCUUUCUCUGUGAUUGUUGCUGAUGUUUGCCAUGUUAUAUUUUGUUUAUGAGAAUUUUUUAUAAUAAUUUGAACACGCUUAUUUUCUAUAUUUUUUAGUACAGUAACUGCCUAAGACACAAUAUUAGCCAAGAUUCAAUUUUCAAUGUUGAUGACAUCAAAGAUCCUUCUGUAAGUAGUUAUUUUUGGCUAUGCUCCCAGUUAAGGAUUUGACGAGGAAUUCUCGCCUCUCAGCUCUUACAAUAAAAUACUAGUAGUAACCAAGGGUUAGGGAGUACAGGCGAGAUAGAUCAAAGGUCAAAACACUUUUGUUCUAAAACGGUGCUUUGCAUAAGCUUGUGCCAGUGCUACAUGGCUUUCACUCUUGAUUCACUCAGUAUUUCUCCUUUGCCGUGACUGAAAUGCCUCAUUUCUCAUAACCUGGCCCUGGUUGUUGUCAUCCAUGGCAUUGUAUUUUUGUCUACCCUUAUGCUUUGUGUUUUUGACAGCUAUUUUUACAUGACUGCUUAGACUUCCCAUAACAUGUGAAAUCUUCGCCAUUUUUUCCAGACCUGCCUUGCCAAAAUUAGCUAAGCCACUGUGCCUUGUGUCUCUCUUUCCGUAGCAAACGUCAUGCAGAUUUUGUCAAUGCUAACUCGUUAUAAAUUAUAAGCCAAGGGAUUUAUCUCAAUUGAAAAUGGAGAAAUAUUUUGAUUGAAAUAGAAAUCACUAUUAAUUUUAUUUUUUCCUACAUGAGUCUUUGAACUGGUGAGUGCAUACAACCUUGAUUCAUUUUAUCAUGGCAUCUAUCGUCACAUGAACGAUGUAAAUGAUAACUGUUAACAGUCUCCCGAACUAGUAUAAAAUGUUAUUCUAUACUAUUUUCAGAUUUUCUGGAAUUCAACCAUACAAGGAGAUCUGUACAAAGGGGUAAGGAGUCAUAUACAGGCUAAUUGACCUUUUUACCGAUACGGCGGCUAAAUUGAAUUAAUUCGAUGUAAGGAGUAUUAUAGGUUGCCCAGGGGGCAUGAGCACAUUUCAUUUGUAUUCUCGAGCACUUUUCGGGACAUUUUUUCUUAAAGUUUUCUUAGAAUAAAAUUCUAAUGCAAAAAAAGAUCCUUGUGCCGUGUUUGGAUGUAAUAAUGAUCGCCUUUUUCCCAAGAAACAUACAGUGAAAGACCAUACUUCUAAUACUAAACUAGAAAAAGGCGAUCAUUAUUACAAUCCAAACACAGCACAAGGAUCUUUUUUCCCAUUACAAUCUUAUUCUAAGAAAACUUUAAGAAAAAAUGUCCCGAAAAGUGCUCAAAAAUAUAAACAAAAUGUGCUCAUGCCCCCUGGGCAUCCUAUAAUACAUCCUUAAAUCGAAUUAAUUCAAUAUGGCUGCCAUAUCGGUAAAACGGUCUAUUGAUUAAUUUGCUAUUUGCUACUGUAUUGCUGGUUUGCAUGUGACGUCACGGCAGCCAUGUUGAUGGUCAAGAACCUCUGGGAACUAAACACCAUUUUCAUGUAAAUUCUUCAAGAAAAAAAAUUCUAUUAUAUUGACCACCAGCAUGGCUGCCUUGUCACGUGGUUGCAAACCAAGAAUACCUUCAGUUGAAUUAUGCAGCAGUCACAUCAAUGAACCACAGGAUAUCCACCCCUCUCCUAAACACUUAUUGAGCCUCUGGUGAAAGACUAGGCAGAAUCAUUCAUUUGCCCUAUUCUUCCCUGUCAAUCGCAGUUCAGCAUUAUGUUGGACAACUUUAUCUUUUGUUAAUGAGUUUGAGAUUUCAGACACCAGCAUACAGUUUACUCCACAGCGUCUGUUUUAUUUUUAGGGCGUGUUUCUUGGCUGCAUGUUUGGUGCCCCAGCUCUUUAUAUUUGGGGAGUAGGAAUCUUAGCUGCUGGUCAAAGCUCUACUAUGACGGUGAGAAUCCCUCAGCCCCUCCAGAUCUAGAUUACCAGUAUGACUGAAACCUCUGGUCUAUUUCAGGGCUCAAAAAAUAACAUGAAUUCAAGCUUGUCCUGUGGGCAAGCAGCUCUCACUUUUGCUUGCCCAGGGCCACUUCUUGCUCAUUUCUGUUAUUAAUUUUGUUGGAGAGUGAUUUAUUAUUAUAACUUUUAAAUUAUGCUUGUAUACUGCCCAUUGGGCAAGUAAGCUUUAAAACGAAACUUGCCCAGCAAAAACAUAUACCACGUAGUCCAGAACUACCAGUCAGGACUUUUUUCAAACUCUGGUAUUAACUAGUUAGACUACGAGCAGUCUCGCUUUUUUCCUAGUCUGACGCAAAAAUGACUAUGCGCAUGACUGAAGGAGCGAGGCAGGAGAGGCACGCUGCCCCCCUUGUUUCUCGCUUCUCGCUCCCUUGCUCGUGUUCUCCCCUUGCUAAAUCUGAAGAAAAAAAGAGACUGCUUGCAGUCUGUCAACUAGUGGCCUCUAACCAUGGUGGUGGGGGCUAGAAUUGCGAUUGUGUGAGUAGAUGGCAAUCAAUGUAGCCCCAUAAUUUCCAUGUUGAUGUCCUUAAUCUGUCCAGAAUCUGGUCAGGAUUUUUGAUAAGUUGACAUAGCGAUAAUUAUUGCACUCCUUCAGUUAAUGUUUAUGAAUGCUGGACUGAAAACAAAAGUUCACCAAGAUCAAAUGUACAAGCACUGAAUCUACCAAAAAAACACUCACUUCGUGGGGAGAUAUUAUUUUGGUUUAAUUUUUUACAUAAAAUACCAGGGUCUGUGCUGGUCAUGGGAAAUCUGGAAAGUCAUGAAAGUUAGCAAAAAAUAUUCACAUUGAUGAAUACAAAUUCUUUUAAUGUCUUCAUUUAUUACUUACCUGUAGCUACAUGCAGUUGGUCAAGUGCAUAUUUUAAUGGACCUCUGAGGAAAUUAAAAGUUUGUUUGUCUUUCUUUCUAGGGAACUUACUCUGGACAGUUUGCCAUGGAGGUAACGUUUUCAUUCAAGUUAUGCUAAUAAACUUUUGUUCCAAUUGCACAAUCAUGGAGUGACUAGAGUGCUGGACUUGUAAUUUGGAGGCCCCAGGUUCAAAUUCCCUCUUUAACCACUAGCUUGAUUAAUGCUCACACUGAGAAAACCAGUAGACGAGCCAGGGGCGGAUCCAGGAUUUUUUUUAGGAUGGGGUGCACUCGUCUCUUCCUCUACUUCAACACCAAUAAACCACAUAGUUUUUUUUUUUUGCAGAAUACCAGUUGUAUUAGAAAACCGCAGGUCAUCUCAGGGGGGGGGGGGGGGGUGCGCACCCCCUGCACCCUCCCCCUAGAUCCGCCCCUGCGAGCUCACUAACACGAAAGUUGGGGCUUGGGCGGCUUCAAGGGAACUACAUAAUUAUGCAAAGAAAAAGCGGCUCUCGCCGACUUUGUCUGUUAGGCGGUUAGAAAGUAAAGGCCCCAUAAUGUAUUCUAAUCCAAGACCUGUCGUAGUUGUCUCUCCAUGUUGAACACUCUUCUGUCUUAAUUAUGCAGGGCUUCUUGAAGAUUUCUUGGGCUCGUUGGAAGCGAGUGUUGUUUACCAGGUCAAUCGCCAUUGGUCCCACUCUUCUUGUAGCAUUUUUUGAAGGUGUUCAGGACUUGACUGGAAUGAACGAUUUCCUUAACGUUUUGCAGAGUUUGCAGGUGUGUUCUGAUGAAGAAACAUUAAUUUGAAACUCUUUAUCCAACACAUCUUCUGUUCAGGUGUAGUUGUAACGGUUUGGUCACGUUUUUGAGCAAUCACUACAAAAAGUUGAACGCGCGGCGCGCAGUUAUUACUCGCUUGCGUGGUAUUUACUUUUGUUAAUUAAGACAUGUUGAAUAAAUAGCCCAGAAUUCUUUAAAGCUAUUCUUGCAUGGGUCCAGUUAAACAAACAGAAUCAACCUCAGUCAAGCUCAGUUGGCAGAGCAUCGCACCGGUAAUGGCGAGGUCUCGGGUUCAAACCCCGUUGAAGGCCUGAAUUUUUUUUCCAGGCUUCUUUACGCAAUUGCAUAAAUUGCGUUCACUGCGACGAUCAUUUCUUCAUUUUCAUUUCAUUUCCACAGUUCAUAUAUGAUUUAUUUCAUAUAUCAUUAACAAUAUCACAUGUGUUGUUACAACAAUUUUGCCUUCCCCAUCCCAGCCCUGCUCCAAAAACGUCCUGGACGCAGACGCUAUGUAUGGCAGGCACAAGAUGAGAAUUUCCACGUACAAGUGGACUUGAAUAGAAUAAAACACUAGAAGCAAUGUAGAAUGUGUUAUCCAUGUACAAGACUCUACGAUGUGGUUUAUAGAUCAUUGAGAUAGCACUAAGGCGCCCAACUUUGUCUAAUUUGUUGGAUUCUAAGUGACUUGCUUCCUUCUAUCUUUUGCAGCUGCCGUUUGCGUUAAUUCCAGUGUUACAGUUUACUGGUGAUCCAGCAUUGAUGAAAUCCUUUACAAAUGGAAGGUGAAUACAUAGAUUUCACAGUUGAAAUACUUUUUUCUCAGUGUUUUGUUUGAUUACCAAAAACUAUACUCUGCGCAGUGCAGUCCAUUUUCAAAUGCUUGGAAAAGAAAUUCUAUGUACAAGUAAAAUUUCCACAAACAGUGAGCUGUCAGAAAGGAUACUAAGUAGGACAAAACAAUCGAAUUUUGUUUAAAAAUAUUGCUAGAUAUAUAAAUAGAGCUUGUAAAAGUCAUCCUUGAGACAAAUUUUUCAAUAAUAAUGAGUCGCACUCUUUCAGUUGAAAAAUUAAAAGAAUUUUCUGAAGGCUUGCGUUUUUGUUUACAGGGUGAUGCAAACUGUGGCUUGGGUGUUGUCAAUAUUAGUUAUAGGAAUUAACUUGUUCUUCGUCAUUGAGUAUGUGGUAAGUAUUAAAUUAUGUAUUAUGCUGGAGCUCCGCUCUUAGGCAUAGCUUGGCAUGGCUAGUUAUUUGUCAGAUUAUUGAAGACAAUGACAAAUUGUGGACUAGCAGUUAUUCUAUUUGUUUACAGUAUUAUUGUAUCAGUUUUGUAGUGAGUAUAAUCACUGAGGAAAUAGUGUAAAAUGCAAAAUCUCUUAUGUUUUGUUCUUUCUUUAUUUCGUUUAUAGCAACAAAUACCGGCAAAUGUUGGCUACUACUUUCUAGUUUCGUUGAUUCUGUUGUUUUACAUCACUUUCCUUUUGAUACUGGUAGGUAUAAAAUUCAUUGGGUGA